AUGAAGCUCUCUGGUGUUCUUGUGGUGCUUGGGGUUGCCCUGCUCCUGACAUCAGGGGGAAACUGUGACAUUUGCCCAGUUAUAAAGGAGGAUUUUGAUAUUUUUCUCUACUCAUCUGUGACUGACUAUGUUGACUUCAUUAAAAAAUACAAGGAUGACACUGCCACAUUGCAAAAUGCUGAAAAUCUGAAGAAAUGCGCUGAUAACAAGUUGACAGAGGAAGACAAAAAGAACGUAAAGAGUUUGCUGGAGAAAAUAGAAGCUAACAAAGCGUGUUGA